AUGGAAGACCCAAAGGGCAAUUCAGAGCACAUUGUCGAUAAGAUCAACAAUCUAGAUACCCAGCAACCGAAAGAUAUUCUUCCUCCGUCUCCCCCACCCACAGAUGGCAAUGUCUCAGAAGCCGAAGAUGAGAGCGUCGACAUCCCAUUACCUCCUCCCUCUACCAUUCCUACAAAGACAUUAGACAUCGACCUGAAGACACCUGACAGCCACGUGCCUCGAGAUCCGAGACUGAUAAGACUAACGGGUGUACACCCUUUCAAUGUUGAAGCACCGCUCACAGCGCUCUUCAAUGAAGGAUUUCUAACGAGUCCUGAACUAUUCUAUGUCAGAAAUCAUGGAGCUGUGCCACAGGUCAACGACGAAGAUAUCAUCGACUGGGAGUUCACAGUAGAAGGCCUGGUUGAGAAUCCUCUGACCAUUACACUCAGAUCGCUGAUGACGGAAUUCGAGCAAGUCACAUAUCCAAUAACGCUAGUAUGUGCAGGCAACAGACGGAAAGAGCAGAACAUGGUGCGGAAGAGCAAAGGCUUCUCCUGGGGAGCCGCUGGACUGUCAACUGCACUUUUCACUGGAGUCGUCAUGUCCGAAGUGAUUCGGCGAGCCAAACCAAAGAGAAAGGCAAGGUAUGUAUGCAUGGAAGGUGCAGACAAGCUCCCGAAUGGAUACUACGGAACAUCAGUGAAAUUAAACUGGGCUAUGGAUCCGAAUCGUGGCUUUAUGCUCGCAUACAAGAUGAAUGGUGAAACCCUCCGACCCGACCACGGGAAGCCUUUGCGUGCCGUUAUCCCUGGGCAGAUCGGUGGUCGUUCCGUCAAAUGGCUCAAAAAGCUGAUAAUCACCGACGCACCCAGCGACAAUUGGUACCACAUUUACGAUAAUCGAGUAUUGCCGACCAUGGUCUCGCCGGAAGAAUCGGCCAAUAACCCAAAGUGGUGGACAGACGAAAGAUAUGCUAUCUACGACCUGAGCCCCAAUUCAGCGAUCUGCUACCCUCAGCAUGAGGAGCAGUUGAGCCUAGCCGAGGCAAACAGCACCUAUACCGCCAGAGGAUACGCUUACAGUGGUGGUGGAAGGCGCAUAACCCGGGUGGAGGUAACUCUCGAUAAAGGCACAACAUGGAGGCUUGCCAAUAUCGAUUAUGCCGAAGAUCGAUAUCGUCAGGUGGAGAAAGACAUGUUUGGAGGUAGACUCGAUAUGUCGUGGCGUGAGACGUGCUUUUGCUGGUGCUUCUGGUCAAUCGAUCUUCCCAUCUCUGAUCUCACUGGAUCAAAAGAUAUCUUUGUACGAGCCAUGGACGAGAGCAUGAAUGUGCAACCACGAGAUAUGUACUGGUCUGUGCUUGGCAUGAUGAACAAUCCGUGGUUCAGGGUCACCAUUGCUCUAGAAGGCGAAUGUGUGAAGUUUGAGCAUCCUACGCAACCUGCACUGAUGCCAGGCGGCUGGAUGGAGAGAGUCAAGAAUGCCGGGGGCAAUCUUGCAAACGGAUUCUGGGGCGAGAAACUUGAAGGUGAGGAGGCGGCUGUGACCAGCAACCAGCCGACGAAGGAGAUCUCGAUGGUGAAAGAAGGCCUGAAGAAGACCAUCACGAUCGAUGAACUCAGAAAGCAUGACGGCGCUCAAUCGCCCUGGUUUGUCGUCAAAGGGGAAGUUUACGACGGCACAGCCUUCCUAGACGAACAUCCUGGUGGAGCACAGAGCAUCAUUUCAGCAGCUGGUCUCGACAGUACCGAUGAAUUCAUGGCCAUCCACAGUGAGACCGCUAAAGCGAUGAUGCCGAAAUACCACAUUGGCUCGUUGGACGAUGCCGCAAAGACGGCACUAACAGAGGCAACGGUGGAACCAGACCAAUCAGCUACACCAACAGAAACAUUCCUCGAUUCGAAAGCCUGGAAGAGGGCUAUCCUCAACGCCAAGAAGAGUGUAUCCUGGGACACACGGAUCUUCACCUACAGGCUAGAUCACCCUGAACAACGGCUUGGCCUCCCAGUUGGCCAACACCUGAUGGUCCGGCUGCGAGAUCCUGUGACCCGAGAAGCGGUGAUUCGAAGCUAUACACCAAUAUCUGAAAUCAACGAUAAGGGACAUGUCGACAUGCUGGUCAAGGUUUAUUUUGAAGAUGCAUCUUGGAAAGGCGGCAAGAUGUCUCAAGCCAUGGAUUCACUUCCGAUCGGCCACUUCAUCGAGAUGAAGGGCCCCAUUGGGAAGUUUGAAUACCUAGGAAACGGCAAAUGCCUGGUUCAAGGGAAGGAGAGAUUUGUGCAAAAGUUCGUCAUGAUUUGUGGGGGCAGUGGUAUCACGCCAAUCUAUCAGGUGUUUCGCGCUGUUAUGAACAAUUCCGAAGAUGAGACACGAUGUACCAUUUUCGACGGCAAUCGCCUACUCGAGGAUAUCCUUUGCAAAGACGAGCUCGAUGCUCUGGCGAGUAGGAACGAACACCGGUGUACAGUUCUGCAUACUCUCACCCAGGCUCCCGACGACUGGACGGGACUCCGCGGCCGCAUCAACGGCCAACUGAUUCAGGACAACUGUACCAGGACAGACGACACGUUGGUGUUGGUAUGUGGUCCAGAAGCGAUGGAGAAAAGUAUUCACCAGGCAUUGUUGGAGCAAGGCUGGCCCGAUGACCAGCUGAUGUUCUUCUGA